AUGUCGGAUGCUCAGAUCAAAUUUACUAUUUCUCAAACAUGCGAUGUAAAAGAGAAAGAGGAGUGGUUUGUCCCUCCAGCACCUAUUCUUGCUGGUGCUCAUGUCAGAGGGAUUGAUUCUUAUAGGGAAAUGUAUAGUAACUCCAUCAACAAUGCCGAUGAAUUUUGGAAAACGGUAGCUAAAGAACUUUAUUUCGAGAAGAAAUCCGAUAAGGGACUGGAGUGGAAUUUCGAUUACCGUAAGGGAGAUGUUUAUGUACAUUUCAUGGAAGGAGCGCGAACAAACAUUGCAUACAAUUGCUUGGAACAAAACAUUAGCAAAGGAUAUGGUUCUCGUACAGCACUGUUGUGGGAAGGUAAUGAGCCCGGUGAUUGUUGUUCUGUUACAUUCCAAGAUCUUUUCGACAAAGUAGUUACUUUUUCUGCUGUUUUGCGAUCUCAUGGAGUUAAAAAGGGCGAUGUUGUGGUGAUUUAUUUACCGAUGAUACUUGAAUUACCGAUAGCAAUGCUGUCGUGUGCUAGAAUCGGUGCUGUUCACGCGGUAGUGUUUGCUGGAUUUAGCUCUGAUGCUUUGGCAGCUCGAAUAUGCCAAACAAAAGCCCGCAUCCUGGUCACGGCUGAUGGAUAUUAUCGGGGCAAGAAGUUUGUAACACUGAAAAUGAUAGCUGAUAAUGCUGUCGUUCAAUGCAAUAUUUCGGGUAAACCGGUGGAAAGGGUCAUCAUUGUACAACAUUUGGAACGUGUCCGUAAUCCGAACGGUACUGAUUCUGUCAACGUGAAAUUAGAUCCAAAACGGGAUGUUAUCUGGAAUGAUGAAAUGGAACGAUGCAAAGGAAUAAAUUCUGAAAUCGAGUGGAACGAUGCAGAAGAUCCUCUCUUUAUUCUUUACACAUCCGGUUCAACAGGUCAACCAAAAGGAAUCGUGCAUACUACCGCUGGUUAUAUGAUAUAUACCUAUGCCACUGUCAAAUAUGUUUUUGAUGCUAAUCCAGAAAAGGACAUAUACUGGUGCACAGCUGAUUGCGGCUGGAUUACUGGGCACUCCUAUCUCGUGUACGGACCGCUUCUUAAUGGUUUAACAUGUAUUAUGUAUGAGGGCGUACCGAGUUAUCCAACUCCGUCACGAAUGUGGCAAAUUGUAGAGAAGUACAGAGUUACCACCUUAUAUACUGCACCAACAGCAGUGCGUUCUUUGAUGGCUUUUGGUGAUGAGUAUGUUACAUCGCACGAUCGUUCAUCGUUGCGUUUACUGGGAUCAGUUGGUGAACCAAUUAAUCCGACAGCAUGGAAAUGGUUGUACAAGGUUGUUGGCGAAAAUCGCUGUGUCGUCAUCGACACUUACUGGCAGACAGAAACAGGAGGACAUAUGAUUGCACCUUUACCGGCAGCAAUUCCCUCUAAACCUGGUAGCGCAACGCUCCCUUUCUUUGGCGUAGAACCGGUCAUUAUUGGUGAAGAUGGUCGAGAAGUCGAAGGAACUGGUAAAGGAACUUUGUGUUUCAAGCGAGCUUGGCCAGGUAUAAGCAGAAGUAUUUUGGGUGAUCACGGCCGAUUUAUAAGCACAUACUUUUCGCCAUACCCGGGGUUCUUUUUCACCGGUGACGGAGCGCGUCGAGAUGCUGAUGGUUACUACUGGAUUACAGGACGGAUCGAUGAUCUCAUGAAUGUGUCUGGUCAUUUACUAUCUACUGCUGAAAUUGAAUCUGCCUUAGUUUCGGACAACGAUAUAGUGGAAGCAGCUGUAGUUGCAGCGCCGCAUGACAUCAAAGGCAGCUUUCCAUAUGCAUUCGUCACAUUACGAUUGGGUGUCGAACUUACGGACAAAAAAAUUGAGGAUCUGAAACUUCUGGUGCGAAAAAAAAUUGGUGCGAUUGCAGUACCAGACGUUAUACAAGUAGCUCCGGGACUACCCAAAACACGAUCAGGGAAGGUAACACGUCGCAUAUUACGGAAAAUUGCUGAAGGUGAUAAAGCUGUGGAUUUGGGUGACACUACUACACUUAUUGAUGAAACAGUUAUUGCUCAUUUGUGGAAUGGUCGAUCAGAAACACGGACUGGUUGA